AUGUUGAGGGAAAGUCUUGUGCUUAAUGGGCAGCCUCUUGCUAUUAAAUGUUCACUGGAAAAGAGCUUGAGAAGUGAAGACUACAACUUAACAUGGUAUAAAGUUGGUAACCAGACAGCUGUACCCGGAGACAAACUUUCUAGAAUUCACCAGCAGAAGAAUUUCAUUUGGUUCCUUCCUGCAAUGUUAGAAGAUUCUGGAGAAUAUGAAUGUGUCAUAAGUUGCAGGAACUUGACGAGCUGCUGGAGAAUGUGUACAAAAGUAACGGUUUUUGAGAGGACUGAUGGUUUGUGCUUAAAUGAAAAAUUUGCUGUAGGGGAGUUGAUAUUUACGUUAUCAUCUGCAAAGGUGGUGUGCCCACACUUGGAUCAUUUCAGGAACGAGAAGAAUUUUCAGCCUGUUCGUUGGUACAAGGACUGCCAACUGCUGGAAGGGGAAAGGUUUGCCUUCUUAAAGAGCGAUCUUAUCAUUUUCAAUGUGACUGUACACGAUCAAGGAAACUAUACAUGCGAAACAACAUAUACGUACAAUGGAAAACAGUAUAACGUUUCACGAGACGUCAGUCUGACUGUAGAAG